CCGUACUUCCUUUCCCACCGUCUAUGCUCUGCCCAGCCAGCGCCAGCACUACCAUGGUCUUCUUUUUGGUGGUCCCGGUCUCCUGAUCCUAACUGCCAAUAACUAUGGCCUCUUGAGUUUCUCGCUGCUCUCUUUUAACUCUCCUUUCAGUCUCUCCUCUCGCCGGCAGAUAUACAUCUUGAUAACGACCUCCUACCCGCCUUGACCUACCUCGACAGUCUCUACCUAUUCGACCUGACCGACGAACCCAGGCUCCUCCUCUCGUGACUUGCACACCUUCCAUCACCCACCAUACCAAGAUCAAGAAUGUUUAUCAACAACAAAUUCGCCGCAGCAUUUCUGCUGGCUUUGACCUCGGUCACUGUCCAAGGUCUGCCCGUGGUGGAAGACAAUGGCAAGGUGCACUUGACGGCAACCGGACGAUCUGGACACCUGCAAACGACUCUGGAGGUUCCUAUGCACCACGGUGGAAAGGUAGCAGCGGAUCAUGAGGACGAGGACGAGGAUACCGCAAUCACAGGACGACCAACCCAGUAUGAAUCUACGAUUCUGGCUCGACGUCUACUGGCCAAGUCCAAGUCUGGAGUAUUGACAACGGUCUUCCCAUCGCACUUGACGUCGCCACGAGUGCCAGCGGCGGUGGCAGACACACCCAUCGGUCUGCCCGAGUAUAUCGCAUCGUGUGAGGAACCCACUGGUAACCCGACGGUUCUGUCGCUCAAGAUCUCGACGGCCACGAUCAACGCAAACGCAGGCUCUAACGUCUCGCUGUCGCUUUCCUGGUGGGACGAGUAUGUCCACCUGACCCACCAACAGCCCUGGUCCGCUGCCAACCUGCCCCGUCUCAACCUUGUCGGCUAUCUCGAGGAGAUUCCCCAACCUGAAGCCGACGAGGCUGGCAUCCCGACCUGUUUCGUCGCGGCACACCCCGACAGUGCCAUGUGGUUGCCUGGAAAGAAGUGGGCUGCUCACCAGGGUAUCUGGACCCGUAUCGUCGUUCAAGAGGUCUACUGGAUUGGAGGCUUUGGUGACCGCAACUAUAUCGGCUGGUUUGACCCCGAGGAAUGGCGUGCUGUCACCAAAGAGCAAUGGGAAGCUGUCCGCUUGCCUGGAGAGAAAUAAUUCAACCCACUCGCUUGACCCUUGUCUUGGAUAGCAGAUAUAUCAAGGGGUAAAUUGAUUGCACAAAGUGACAUGUGACUAGAGUGAUACAGUCCAGAAUGAAGCCAUACUCUGAACAUAUCUGAUAACAACUUGAUUGGUAUACUGGUUGAACCGAAACUAUCAGAGUCUUAAUUGGUGGUUUUCAACACUGUUCCAUUAAUUGACCUUCAGCAGAAUUCGAGAACGGUCUUCUCGGGUAGCCCAUAGUGUAGUAUAUCAAAUCUUGUCAUGAAUCCUGUUUGUCUUCA